AUGCCUGCACUGGACAAUGGAAAAUCCCCUCUCAACGCUCGUCGCCUGUGCGAGAUCAUCGAGAAAUUCCAUACAACUUAUCCCCAAAUAUUCCGUGGGGGCGCCGGGCCGCGUACGAUGGUCGGAGGAAUCUAUACUUUCAAAGUCAUGAUGGGUAGGAGAAUAAGGCCGGACAAGCCUAAUGCGGGUAUCAACAAUAUCCGUAUCGAGCGAGUCACCAAAGUCGACCUCAUGACCCUCAAUGCUGUCAUUCAAGGACAAGGUGGACCUUCGGCCCAGACGGCAAUAAACCUUGUGCAAGCGAUGAUUUGCCAGGCGCCGAUGCAUGCCACGCAGACCUAUAACACCCGCUCUAUCUUCCAUAAUCAAGACACGCAGACACUCGGGAAUAUCGGGCUCGAGCUCUGGAGAGGAUAUUUUCAGCGAAUCUGUCCGUCCAUCCCUCGGGCGCAUGAUAAUCUUGCCAGCAAUGUCGACAUGUCGACUGCUGUCGUGUACAAAAACAUCAAAAUUGUUGACUUUGCAAUGCAGUACCUUGGAUUUAGAGAUCUUGGUCAGCUCGUGAUGAUGCAUCCCGGUUCAAAGGAGUGGAAACUCCUCAAGUCAGUUCUAAAGGGUAGUCGCAUUAUCACCACCGUACCACCGACGGACCGUCAGAAGAACCCCCGACCUAUUAAAGAUCUUAUUCCACAGGCUGGCCUCUACGAGCUCAAAAUUGGAAACAAAUCCUGGACUGUUCAGUCCAUGCGUUUCCCAACGGGGUGGGGCAUAGGAUUUGCAGGCGAUGCCGUUGUUCCACCCGAGGUGUGCGUCAUUAUACCUGGCCAGUUGUACCGAAAAAAGGUUCCCCCUGCGAACAUGAAAACUGUGUUGGACUUCUCUGCUAAGAACCCCAGGGACCGGCUUCAAAUUAUCGAGCAAGGCAUUAACAGCUCAUUCCUUAAUUACCAUCAAAGUGAUUCCUUGGGAUUAGCUGGGAUUAAAGUCGGCAUGAGCGCCAUGGAGAUCAAAGGGAGGAUGCUGGAUGCACCACAGGUCGCGUACGCCUCCAGUGUUCUGGCUAACACUGUCGGUAAAUCUUGCCCCAGAAACUGGAAUGUCCUCAGGAACCAGUUCUUUUCGCCUGGUCGUCUGGUCAAAUGGGUUGUCGUCAACCUCGCAGGUACCCCGCAAGAGGCCGCUAAUUUUGCAGUCGAGCUUCUGAACGCAUGUCGUGCUCUCGGGAUGGAAUGUCAACCUGCCAGUGCCGUCUUAGAUGACAAUCCAAGCUAUGCUUGGGCAACUCUAGAGAACGCAAAGAGAUAUUUAGCUGAUUGGAACAACCCUAAGUCACCUCCGUUGCUUGUCGCUGUUGUUUUGCCUGAUAGCGCUGCAGAGCUCUGGCGUCUCGUAAAACUGUGGGGGGAUAGCGCCAAUGGUGUCCCUACCCAGUGUGUUAGGAAGAUGAAGUUGAGGCCCAUCAACAAUCAGUACAACAACAAUGUUGCAUUGAAAGUCAACGCGAAACUCGGAGGAGUCAACUCCAUAGCACGUGGACCAGUAAGCAACCUGAUCAACCAGACCCCAACCAUGAUCAUUGGUGCCAAUGUCUCGCAUCCCGGCCCUGGAGUGCAACGGCCAUCCAUUGCUAGUGUUGUGGCCUCUUAUGACCCUUACUUGAGAAAGUACUCUACUUUUGUUACGCUGCAGAUGCCAUGA